AUGGCAGCUUAUGCAGCUCUUGCUUCUCUCUUGAACACUACUCAGCAGAUGAUGACCCAUCCUCCUAUUUCCACUUCUUUCCACAACAUUCAGAUCCAAUCUCUCGAGGAAAAGGCUGCUUUGUUGCUUGAUUUUAUAGAGACCUACAAUUAUGUUGGUGGAGUUAGCGAAGAAGCACAAGAUCUGGAAAGCCUAAUCGCAUCUGCUGCUCAUACAGCUGAAGAUAUGAUUGAAUCUCACAUCGUCAAUCAACUCCUUCCUCUUUCAGCUCAUGAUCAGGAAAUACCUUUGAGUUCUUCUUUGUAUCUACAGAAAGAAAGUACAAUUGAAGAGAAAAAUGAAGCUGCAGUUGGAGAUGUGGAUCAAUUUCAUGGUGGAUCCAACCAAGCAAUUGAAGAGCCUGCACCUCAUGUAGCUAAAGGUGGAUGCUGGAUCAAUUUCAUGCAGCUCAUUAAGAGAAAAAGGGCGAUUCAACCGAAAAAUGAAGCUGCAGUUGGAGAUGUGAAUCAGUUUCACGGUGAAUCCAACCAAACAAUUGAAGAGCAUGCACCUCAUGUGGCUGCAAGAGAAGCACGAGAUCUGGAAAGCCUAAUCGCAUCUGCAGCUCAUACGGCUGAAGAUAUGAUUGAAUCUCACAUCGUCAAUCAACUCCUUCCUGUUUCAGCUGAGGAUGGGGAAGCAGCUUUGAGUUUCUCAUUGUAUCUACAGAAAAAAAGGGCAAUUCAAGAGAAAAAUGCAGCUGCAGUUGGAGAUGUUGAUCAAUUUCAUGGUGAAUAUAACCUCAGCAACUUUGACUAUCUGCGGCAGAUAAUUGAAGACAUGGAUGCUCUCAUCGAAAAGGCCAAUGAGUUGAAGGAGAAGCACAGAUUCAGAGAGGACCAACCCCCCACGCAUUCAACAACUCCUCUUAGUCUUACUCAGAGAUUGAGAGAAGAAACUGCUAUGGUAGGAUUUCAUGAUGAGUUGAUUCAGCUUCUUGACGAGCUCACCGGUCAUCGAUCCAAUCUGCACAUCAUCUCAAUCGUCGGUAUGGGCGGCAUGGGUAAGACUACUCUUGCCAAAACUAUUUAUUCUAAUCAACUCAUCAUCGAACGCUUUGAUAUUCGUGCUUGGGCUACCGUUUCUCAGCAAUACAAUGCUAAACAAAUUCUUCAACAACUUCUUUCUGACAAAGACAACUCCUCCAAAAAAAUGGUAGAUGAAUUAGGAGAACAAUUGCAUAAAACUUUAUCUGGUAGGAGAUAUUUGAUCAUAUUAGACGACAUAUGGAGUGUCGAAGCUUGGGAUGAAGUAAGGUGUUUCUUUCCCAAUAAUGGAAGUGGAAGCCGGAUUCUUCUAACUACUAGGUUGUCAGAUGUGGCUAACAAUUGUGGAUCUUCUUGCCUUUCGAAGAGUCUUCUAAAUGAGAAUGAAAGUUGGGAAUUAUUCUGUAAGAAGGCAUUCCAAAAUGAAGAUUGCCCCACUGAACUAGAAAAAGUUGGAAAGGAGAUUGUUAGAUUAUGCAGAGGACUAGCAUUGUCCAUUGUUGUGAUCGGAGGGAGACUUUUAAAGUCUUCCUGGACCGUAGGAUAUUGGGAGAGUGUUGCCAAAGAUAUAGAAUCAAGUCCCAAUUCAAAAGAGAAGCAAGAAAGCUUAGAUGUAUUGGUUUCAAGUUAUAACUACUUGCCUUCUUAUCUAAAGCCUUGCUUCCUUCAUAUAGGAGUUCUUAAGCAUAUAAAUUGUGAGAAACUCAAUAUAUUGAGUAUCAUCCAACUUUGGGUUGCUGAAGGUUUUUUGAAAUCAAAUGGAGGCCAAGUUUUAGAAGAAGUUGCAGAGGAUUACUUGAAGGAACUAAUUGAUAGAAAUCUGAUAAUAGUUGAGAAGAGAAGUAAAAAUUGGAAGAUGAAAUAUUGUGAUAUUCAUGAUCUUUUGAGAGACCUAUGCUUAAAAGUAGCAGAGCAACAAGGGUUUUUUCAUGCGAUCACUCUAGACCCUGUACUAGGCACAGAACGACGCCUUGUAUAUCACAAUGAUACCUCCAGACUUGCACGCUCUAUCAUGUGCUAUAGAUUUCAGUUGGUGGAGUCUCAUAAACAUAGAUUGUUGAGAAUUUUGUAUGAAUACAGAGACAGGUCAGUUGAAGAAUUAUUAGGGUGUGUUAACUUGCGCUACAUUGCUUUUCAGAACCUAGAAGUUUCUUUGUUGGAGCUUCCUAGUUCAUUAUCCUUGUUAUGGAAUUUGCAUUCUUUAAUCUUUCAGAAAACUUCGAGGUCGGGUUCUCUAGUUGUUGCACCAAUUGAAAUUUGGAAGAUGCGACAACUUAGGCAUAUCGAGUGUGGUGGAAUUUGUCUUCCUCAUCCCAAUGGACAAGAUGAGUUGUUAAUCUUGGAAAAUCUUCAGACGCUUGGGAAUGCAGUGAAUUUGAGGUUGAGUGAGGAUGUGUGCAACAUCAUUCCCAACAUCAAGAUAUUGCAUCUACAAUAUAAUGAUGGGUUGCGAGGGUACGAUGAUAGUUUGAUGGAGUGUUUGUGUAAUCUUGAUCGCUUGCAUAAACUUGAAUCACUCAAACUGAGAGGCGACAUUAGGUGGAGGAACAUGUAUUUUAAGCUGAAUGAGGUACUCACAUUUCCCAAUUCACUAAACAAGUUGAUCUUGCGUGGUUUCGAAUUUGAGUGGGAUGAUCUGACAAUAAUUGGUUCCUUGCCCCUACUGGAAGUUCUCGUGGUACGAGGUAAUUGGGUCAUGGCGGAAACGAGGACGUGGAGUCCUGUUGUUGGCCAAUUUCAACGCCUCAAGUUCUUGAAAAUUUAUAACUGCUUUCUGAGAUGUUGGAAUGCAGAUAGUUGUCAUUUCCCAAAUCUGGAGAAGCUUAUUCUUCAUACUCUAAAUGAGUUGGAAGAGAUUCCAUGGGGUAUUGCUAAGAUACCAACACUCAAACUUAUUCAUGUGAAAUGUUGCAGUAACUCCGCCGCGAUUUCGGCUUUGAAAAUAAAAGACUACCAGCUCGAGUAUCAGGGAAAUGAUGACCUUCAAAUCCAAAUUCAUGUCUCUUCAGCCAAACUGGAGAGCUUCAUGGCAAUGGUGGAAACAGAGGGCUUGACGCUGGAUAAUGUUCAAUUUGAUGUAAAAAAUAUAUAUAAAUAUAGAUUUCCAAGUAUAGAUAGUAUAGAAUCUAGAUGA